AUGUCGUUGUUACCGUCGCAAGCGUCGCACGGUGGCUUGGCAGCAGCGAGUGAACGCGUAGACAGCGAGCCUGAAAAAGCGAUCGUAUCACGUGUGGAGGAGGGCAGUCAAGGGUUGCCCGAUGCAGAGAAAAAGGAGCAAGAGAAAGCGGUUGAGCGAGUGGGAGAGGCGAGCGGGGGCGGCGACAACGGGUUACCUGAUCGUGGGCGAAGUAGAGAGGAAGCGGGAGAUGGGGUGGACGGCUCAAAUGGGGAGAGAACGGCAGACAGCAGCGGGGAGAUGGGAAAAGAGGAGAGCGAUGGAGGCAAGGAGGAGAGCAUGAGUGAGAGUAACCGGGAGGGAAGCGUUGGAGUGAAAGUGGAAACCGAUGAGGGCAAAGAGAAGGUCCAACUAGACGUCCCUGCAGACUGCGACCUGUACCAUGGCUCAUGGCAGCCAGACUUGGACCCGCCGCUCUACACCAACAACACGUGCGCCACCAUUUCGCAGCACCAGAACUGCCAGGGCAACGGCCGGCCCGACAGCGCGUACGAGCGGUGGCGGUGGCGGCCGGGGGGGCGAGAGGAGUGCGGGGCGCUGCCGCGGUUUGAUGCGGUGGAGUUCAUGCACGUGAUGCGAGGGAAGAGUGUAUUGUUUGUUGGGGACUCUGUGGCGCGGAACCACAUGGAAUCGCUCGUCUGCCUGCUCAGCCAGGUGGAGACCCCCAAUCUCCGGGGCAGCAAGAAUCUCAUCCGAAUGGUGUUCCCGCGCGCCAAGGUCACCAUAGCGCGCAUCUGGUCCGCUUGGCUCGUGCACGAGUCCCCCGACCCUCCCCCCUCCGCGCUGCCCUCCGCCCCUGCGAAGCUUCCGCGCCUGCACCUGGAAAAGACGUGGGAGAAAUGGUUUGGGGACGUGGGGAGGUAUGAUGUAGUGGUGCUGUGCACGGGGCACUGGUUUGUCACGCCCGCGCUCUUUGUGGUGGGGGGGCGCGUGGACAUACAGGUUCCUCUGAACAACACUGCUGCUUUCUCAAUCGCCAUUCGGACGGUCUUUGCUGACGUGGCAGCGGCUGUCAAGGCGAACCCGAAGCAGCUGUUCGUCUUCCGAACCUACUCCCCGGACCACUACGAGGGCGGGCAGUGGAACACCGGAGGCUCGUGCGCAGGCCUGGCCGAGCCUCGCGGCAGCAACUACACCUACGAGAACACAUACGGUAACACGGUCUAUAACGAGCAGAAGGCAGCUUAUAACGAGGCUAUCAAGGAAUUGGGAGGAGAUGACUACAAGUGGCGGUUUUCCUUAAUGGACAUCAUGCCAAGUGCAGGGGUGCGGGUUGAUGGGCAUCCGGGGCCGUACAGAGGGCUGAACAGUACUGCAGGGCUAGAGAAACACUGGAAGAAGCAUCCUGACUCCAAGUAUCCGCCCCCGCAGGACUGCCUGCACUGGUGCCUGCCGGGACCUAUCGACUCGUGGAAUGUGUUUCUGCUGCAGCUCAUCAAACGGCAUAGGGUCAUGGGGCAGGCAGGGGCGUAG